AUGGCGGACGUCAAGGCACCAGCAGACGACACUGUCCAAACGGGUACGACAAACACGAGCCUCACACGACUGACCGCAAUUUUCUGCUCAUGGAAAUUUCUUCUUCUGCUCGUGGCCGUAGCCAGUCCGGGUCCCGGAUAUGACACUUCCACCCAGAUCUUACUCGAUCGACACCGCUGUGCUCCCGACUCAUGGCCCUCGCUUGUUACAGGAUGGCUUGCGCUCAAGCUGACAAGAUGGGACGCCAUUUAUUACACGAGCAUAUCAGCCCGCGGUGUUGUCUACGAGCAGGAAUGGGCCUUCAACUCAGCUUUCCCAAAGGCAACUAACCUCAUAGCCCAAGCGCUCCCUUCUAGCAUCUGUGAUGGCCAUACGUUGGCAGGGAUACUAUUAUCCCAUCUUACGCAUCUCAUCGCUGUCCUUGUCCUCUAUCAGCUCACGGAAAGCAUUGUCCCGGCACCCCGUGGCAAAAAGAAAGAGAUUGCAUUCAUCACAGCAUGCCUUCACAUCUUGUCGCCAGCUGGACUUUUCUUGUCGGCUCCCUAUGGAGAGAGCACGUUUGCCGCAGUCAAUUUCACGGGAAUGCUGUUCUAUGCAAAGGCACAGCAAGAAUGUGAUAUGAGUCAAUCCAGGCCUCUGAAUGUCGCACUUUACACUGUCUGCAGUGGCAUUGCGUUCAGCGUUGCUGCUUUGAUGCGCAGCAAUGGCUUGCUCAGUGGCCUCAUACUGGCUUGGGAUGCUGUGGCUUACAUCAAGCAGAUACCACUGAUGCUUCGUGGACAGUUGAUCUCGUCACUUGUGCAUCUUUGCAGCACUCUUGUCGCGGGCUCACUGAUCGCGCUGGCAUACGCUCUUCCACAUCUUGAGGCAUACUUGCACUAUUGCACCGGAGACGACGACAGACCCUGGUGUAGUCGCUCGAUCCCAAGUAUCUACUCAUGGGUCCAGAGUCACUAUUGGGGUGUCGGCUUCCUGCGUUACUGGACUUUGUCAAACCUACCUCUCUUUGCUCUUGCUGCUCCUAUCAUUGUGGUGCUGACUGCGACAGGUUCGAUAGCCCUUAAUCAGAGGUUCCAUGACAUGCACGACGGCGAUGCUGGAUCUGAAGAGAUGCACCGCUUUACACGACUGAUGGCGCGAUUUGCCUUGCCUCAAGUGUCUUUGGCAGCAUUAGCGGCAUCCAGCUUUCAUGUGCAGAUCAUCAAUCGCAUAUCUUCUGGCUAUCCUGUCUGGUAUAUUGUGCUCGGCAUGGGAGUCCUUCGACUGAACAGAUCAGCACGACCCAGACCUCCGUGGUACCCGGGACGACUAUCGACGUUUCUGGCACGUCAUUCGCAAUGGCUUGUCCGCAGCAUGGUCAUAUACGCGCUCGUUCAAGGAGGGUUAUACGCUUCCUUUAUGCCACCGGCUUGA